AUGCAGUGCGUCGUUAUCUAUAUGUUUGCUUUGGCUGCAGUCGCAGCAGCUGCAGCCACCACCAAGCCGCUGAGCAGUGCUGCCAAGACGCGUGGCUAUCAGGAGCAGGAUACUGCAAGAGCAUUCUAUUCCUAUGGCUAUAGCGAUGAGCAUGCAGCCAGAGCGGAGUACAGCACACAGGACGGCAGCUCGCGUGGCUUCUAUGCUUAUGUAGAUGCCAAUGGCAAGUUGCAGACGGUCAAAUAUGAGGCAGGCGGCAGUCAAGGCUUCAAGGCUGAGGCUAGCAAUCAGCCUACGCCGCCCACAGUGGAGCAACGUGCACCAGAGCCUGUAACCGAAACGGAGGAAGUGCAGCAGGCACGUCAAGCUCAUCUAGAUGCUUUAGAGCAGGCCAAACAAGCAGAGCAGCAACCGCGUCAGCAGUCGCUAAGCGAUGAGGAUGCUGCCAUAUUGGAGCGUGUGCAUCAAGAGCUGAGCGCUAUGCUGGCAGAGCGUGAGCAGAGCGAGGAAGCCAACAGAGAGCAAGAGCAACAGGCGGCGGAAGUUGAAGCUGAUGCUGCUGAGCCCGACUUGAGUUCCAGUAGUUAUUUGAAGCUGGGCGAGCAACGUUUGCCCAUUAGCGCUUACUAUAGCUACAGCUCGCCCACAGCCAAGUACAGCGUGGCCACGCCCACUGAGCAACGACGUCUGCCUACUGUGGCGCUCAGUCGCACGCUCCUGAAACGUAACUAA